GCAUUCCUGAGUCUCCUUUUGAAUCAGUGCCAGCAUUUGAAGAAUGCAGUGGAGGUCAGAAUAAAGGAAAUGCCAGUAAGUGUUCCUUUGGCGUUCCACAACUGUGCACAGACCAGAAAAUCAUUUCUACUGAGAGCCUCUGCCAGAAGCAGGUAAAAAUUCUCAAAGGACUUAGAACUCAGUUAGACAGGGUUUCAAUCUGGUUGCUGGGGCGUACCUUUCCUGUCAGGAAAAGGAAACCAAAGACUCAGGAAAACAAAACCUAAACUGCCUCAAAGUCAAGGCGCUUUUCGUCUGGUGUCGUAGUGUAGCACCUAUGCCUUUCUGAGAGGAGUCUGGGGAACUGAGUCACUGCUGGUGCCAGGAUUCUAGGAACUCGCCUCACUUGGAGCUGCAUGAGAAAGGCUUGCCAAUGGAGGCUCCUCGCUCAGGAUCAUACUUACCAGCUGGGUAUGCCCCUCAGUAUCCUUCAGCAGCAUUCCAAGGACCUCCAGAGCAUACAGGAUGCCCCACACUCCAGACUAACUACCAAGGUCCCCAGUCUGGUUAUCCAGGGCCUCAGGCUGGCUACACAGUCUCAACAUCUGGACAUGAAGGUUAUGCUUCUACACAGCUUCCUAUUCAACAUAACCAGACUAAAGUUCUUGUAAACAACCCGUGGAUGCCAGCACCACCGCCUAUUCUGAACUGCCCACCUGGGCUAGAAUACUUAAAUCAGAUAGAUCAGGUUCUGAUUCAUCAGCAAGUUGAACUUCUGGAAGUCUUAACAGGCUUUGAAACAAAUAACAAAUUUGAAAUCAAGAACAGCCUCGGGCAGAUGGUUUAUGUUGCCGUGGAAGAUACUGACUGCUGUACCCGAAACUGCUGUGAAGCAUCUAGACCUUUCACCUUGAGGAUCCUGGAUCAUCUGGGCCAAGAAGUCAUGACUCUGGAGAGACCUCUGAGAUGCAGUAGCUGCUGCUUCCCCUGCUGCCUCCAGGAGAUAGAAAUCCAAGCUCCUCCUGGGGUGCCAAUAGGUUAUGUGACUCAAACCUGGCAUCCAUGCCUGCCAAAGCUCACUCUUCAGAAUGACAAGAAGGAGAAUGUUCUAAAAGUUGUUGGUCCAUGUGUUGCAUGCACCUGCUGUUCAGACAUUGACUUUGAGAUCAAAUCUCUUGAUGAAGUGACUAGAAUUGGCAAGAUCACCAAGCAGUGGUCUGGUUGUGUGAAAGAGACCUUCACGGAUUCAGAUAACUUCGGGAUCCAGUUCCCACUAGACCUGGAUGUGAAGAUGAAAGCCAUUAUGCUUGGUGCUUGCUUCCUUAUAGAUUACAUGUUUUUUGAAGGCUGUGAGUAGGAACAGAAAUCGACUUGCAGUAGGGACCAGUGAAAGAGGACGGAGAAGAUUUGACGUCUACACAAGGAGAUCAUGUAAUUGGGAGACCUGGGGCUUUUUAAUUUCUUCAUUGAAAUUUCUCAGAAUCAAGCUGUUAUACACGGAGCAUAGUAUGUACUAUUUUGCUUUUCAAAUGCUAGUUUAUCUUUUACACAUUUGAAAUAGACAUAGAUAAUUAUCUUUAUACACUUCUAAAAGUAUUCAUCAGAUUCAAGUUAAGAAAAGAAGAAAAGUGUAUGUUUUUAAAAUAAAACAUUUUAUGGAAAAGUAAGUUGAAUCAUAAUUUCUGAUUUAUGUUCCAUCUUUUGUUCAAUUUAAACCUUGUUAUUGCUGACUUAUUAUAAAAUUAUACUUGACUAUCAAACCUACUUAGUUUAUUUCUUACAGAAAACCUCCUAUUACUUUGAAAUUAUAUAUUUUGAAAGCUUUUUAAAAGAUACUAUUGCCUGGGAUAUUCUAUUCAAUAAAAUGCUAAUAAGAAAA